ACAUUAUGGAAGAAAACACAAUACCUAAGAAAAUCCAGCAUUCUUCCACUCUCUUCUCUCUUCAACAUAAGACAACCACAUGGGUUGUUUGCUGUCAUGACAGGAUAAGCGUGUAUACCCUCCAACAUAUUCAUCUUUUUAGCUAAUUCUAGAUCAAUUUCAUUGUAUAAUCCUAUGAUUGAUACUUCCAUAUGUUUAUAAUACUGUCUCUAGCUAAUAAUUUAUGCCGCUAAGCAUGGAUCCCAAUAAAAUAGUUACUGUUUAUAACCCAGCAGCACAUGGCAUCCCAACCCAUUUGGCCUCAUCAUCUGUAUAGUUCCUAACUGGAUGGUAGAAUAGAAUAAAAACACGAAUUCUAAAGAGGGUCUUUUGGUUUUGUUUGGAAGGUGUUUGUAGUUUUGCCUCGGUCAUGGAGGUGGAGGAAAAUGUUUGUGAUCAUGACGCUUGUCUUGAGUCCUCUGCUGGUAGGGAUGGUGAGAAGAUGGAAGCUCUUGGGCUCUUGGAUGAGAAUUGGUUCUUUGGAAACUUUCUUAAGAAAGGAACAAGGAUGUCAAGGUGCUACUCUGAUCCAUGCUCUUCAUCAAACUUCAGUCCAAGCUCUUCAGCGGCAUCCACAAAGGAGGGUAAGGGUUUGGCUCGUGUACCAUCAUUACCUCCAUAUCUUGGGAAGGAAGGGAAGAUUCAAGAAAAGAAAAGCAGCAAUGGGAAGGGAAAAGUGAGUCAAUUGACAAGGCGAUUAUCGGUUGGAAACUUGCCUCAGGCACCAAAACCAGCCUGUACAGAGAACAAAGUAGAGAUUCAAGAGAAAGGAACUGAUGGGAAGGGGAAGAGCAGAUUGAAUGGUGAUGGGAAAUCAUCUCUGCUGAGGACACCCUCUUUACCAGCUUCUUUAGGAAGGGAAGAAUUGAUUGAAGAAAAUGAGAAUGACAUCAGAAUGAGCAAACUGAUUUGGCAAGCAUGGGCUAAUUCCUCUGAGAUCCAAACUCCGAAGGCCGUGAAUCAAAGUACUAACACCUUUUCAAGAAGCCGACCACCAAGAAACAUAGAGGCAGAAAACGCUGGCGCCAACGGUGUAAAGGAAACUAGACCGCGUUCCCUGAAUCAAAGGACAUUGGAGAAGAGCCAAAGUAAUAUUGAUUUCCAUGAUCUGGGAGGGUUCAAGGACUUGGGGAUCAGGGAGGUAAUGAAGAAAGACCAGGCAAGAAGGCCGGAUUUGUCCAAGGUAUGGAUUGUACAGAGCUAUGCAGGUGCAGCUCACCCUCAAAACACAAAUCGUACAGCUAAGACUUCAACAGAAGACAUGAAGGCACAGAUCAAGUUUUGGGCCAGGGCUGUGGCAACUAAUGUGAGACAAGAGUGUUGAAAUGAAACCCAUAAAGACAAAACAGGACUAUUUUCUGUUUCUGCUUCCUUUUAUCAUUUUCUUGAGAUUUUGUUUCUGGGGUUGAUUGGCUCCCUCAUAAUAACAAACAAGAGGCAUGCAUCCAAAAAGGCAAGAAUGAAGGAAGUGUUCUUGU